AGGAACUAGGGCAACUUGUUGAAGUCCGACAGUUGUUCGUCUUGUUGAUACGCAUGUACAGGCCAGGGGUUUUGAACCUCAAUUAUCUCCAAGAUCUCAUUACAACAAAUCAUCGAUUCUUGACAACUCAGGAGGGCAACAACCUCACAAGUGCAUCCUUGCAGUGUUUCAACAUUGUAAAUCACAUCAAGCAGUUUGCCACCAUGGACAUGAUGCGUCAAUAUGGCCGUCUCCUCGAAAACUUCAACAUCAAUGAUGAAACCGUAAAUGACUGCAUAUUCACAAUGAUGCAUCACAUUGCAGGAGACUUGCGUAAUGUUAAUGUUUUGCUGCAGCCACCAAUUUUGAGAGUAUUCCUACGCAUAUGGAAAGAAGGCUUUGAAUUGUGUGCAGAUUGGGCAGAUCUCAUAGAAUACGUAUUAAGGAAAUGUACUCGUGUUCGCACAGAACACCCCAAUAAGGAAAAGAAAGACACACAGAAACCAGUGUCAGAGCCUCUUGGCAUUGAACUGACGGAUGAAGACCUAGACCAGCUCUACUCUCUGUACACUGCCUCCACCAGUGAGCAAGAUUUAAUGGACAAGAUCAAGGAAAUAUGCUGUGAUGAUUCAAUAGAAGAACCUAUUAAGAAAGAAGUUAUCCAGAAGUUGCUUGCCCGAGGAUUUAUAACUACAAGUGAAUGUUCAAAACUUUGUGCUGAAAUACCACCAAUUGAGCCCCUGGCCAGCAAGAGUGAAGGGGCCCUGAGUGUGGAAUGCGAUGUCAUGCAAGUGAGCAGCGACUCGGAGGAAUCCAUGGACGCACCGCAGUCUGCACCAGAGCCUACACUCAAGAACAUCAACAAGAAAUAUUCCGAGAAGAACAUCAACGAAGUCCAUGCGAUGAUGCCACUGCUCGGCCCACUUAAGAGUAAGAAACUGGCAUCGCAGGAGGUUGACAAUGCAAAGAACUUGGAGGAGAAGAUCCUCCCAAUGCACAAGGAAACAAGUGAUUCAGUACAAGGUGCUUCAUCAGAGAAGACAGAAGAAAGUGCAGAAAGCAACAUGACCUGUACUGAAGAUAGCACUGACUGGGAUGACAACACUACCAUUACAAUGCUUAUAGGCCAACUUAAAGAGGAAGGUUAUGGGGCUCAGGUCCAGUGGUUGCAACUUCAACUCUUAGAGGCCUGUUAUUCAAAGCUGAAGAUGGUUGGCCCAAAUCUACCAAAGGCAGAACCUGUUCCCUGUCAUUUCACAUUAUCAAACCAAUCUAUACCACUAGUACCUUGGACAAGUGAGCAAGAAGAGGCUUUUUCCUCCUUAAAGUUCCGCCAGCUGCUCGGAGAGCUAGGCUUUCACCUUCCCUCUGACACGGGCAAAAUCUUCCCAAGAAUUCCCCACUUUUGGUGUCCGGAAGUACUAUUUAUGGUGGCAAAACGUCUUGGGCCCAUUAAUAGUGGUUCCUUGAGGGUGUCUGUCGAAUGGAUGCAGGACAUGAUGCAGCAAAUGCGGGCCAUGACCCUCACUGGUGCCCUCGGUACCCUUGGCACUCAAGGAGAUGACGACACCGCUGUCCUCAAGGAUUCGUCAUUGCUUGAUUGUGAUGACUCCUCUGAACGAGUUAGCGAUUGCUCCAUGGAAAACAAUCGCUCUAGCCCCACAUCACCUGCUUCCUCAAUAGAUGAGAAACUGGCUCUGCUGCACGAUGAAGAGACCGAGAGCAGUGAAUUUUCCCAAAGAAUCCCUAUGGCUGGUUUGAUGGUAUCUCCAGCAGGCGUACCAGCUGGUCAUGAGAAUCAAGAUGACCCAGACAGCUUAAUGACAUCUCCAGUACAAGUGAUUUCAACUGCUGAUGAUGUCAUGAUGAUGUUAUCAGACACUGAAGAGGCUCCUGCAUCUGUAGAAGUACCUUCCCUGUGUUCUGAAAACCUUGAAGUGAAAAUGGACACGUAGACUUUCUGGAAUGCUUCAACAUCACUCGGACAAUGUGUCAUGGAUGAUUAAUGUCAGGAAAGCCAGUGUUGAUGAUGAGUUAAACAAGUGCGUUGAAUGGAUACGAAAUCAUUAUGAUUUGAAGGCAUUCCAACAGAAAAUAAGUUGUUUAAUAAUUUAUCUAGUUUUUAAGAUAGUAUAUUUUUUUUAAUUUGUACAUAGUUUGUUAAAUGGACUGUACGACAGUGUGUUUCAAGCACAGGAAACUGAGUAGUACAACAGCAGUUGCACUAUUCACCCUAUGCAUGGAUGAAUUAUUGAUGUAUAAUUUUUUUUAUGAAGAAUUAUUCAUGUAUAGCUGUAUAUUUAUACUGCUAAUGCAAAAUUUCUUAUGUUUUCAUGAAUCAUUACACAUGUACAGUUAUUCAUACUUGAACAUCCCAUACACAUAAAACAGGCACUAGGGGAGCAAAUUCUUAGCUCUUAAGUACAAAGUAUAUUACCAUGAAUAGCAGGACCAUUUUACUUUAACUGUACUGGUCUUUUUUGAGGAAAGAGGAAAGUUAAGUUAUUUUUUUCUAGAAAUGAUUCUUGGCAAGCUGUGAUAAUGAUAUAUAUAUAUAUCUUGUGAAAAAAAUUCAGAUUGUGCCAUAGAAUUGUUAGAAUUUUCCUCUUAUGAUCAGGUACUUGUUUAUUUAGACUUGUCAUGCAGGACACUAGUUGAACAGGCCUGCCUUUGUAGAAAAACUUAUAGUAAGUUUGGAUCUCUAUCAUUAUAAGAUCAUGUUCCUCUAGUCCUUCAAGUUCUUGACUUCAAGCUCAAAGCAAAAUGUAUUUCAGGUUUUUGUGUUAAUCUUUUUUUAUUGUUAGGCAUAAUUUGCAAUGUCCUCAGUGUAAUGUAUAUAUUUGUCCAUAUGUCAGUAAAAUAUUUAUAGAUAA